AACAUCAUGGCGACUUACACAGCUGCUGCCGCUGUCAGUCGCUCACUGAAGUUUUUCCUCAGAGACUCUCCUUUGAUUUCACGUCAGAUUUGUCGUUUGUCGAGCAGUUUCUCCGGAAAAGGUUACAGUAGUUGGAGGGCAUGCUGUUCAUCUGCAUCGACCUGCUCCUCGGAUCCUGCAGCAGCAGACACGUGUGGCUCCAGUGAAACUCUUGUGCACUUUGAUAGCCUCGUUCAGGGUGGCUUCCUGAGGAGAGAUGCCCAACAGAGACGGGUUCUCCUGCAGCUGGCUCAGCUGCAGCACACCCUCAAGAGCUACAGUAACAGUAUCUACUUGAAUCCACCCAUUCUAAACUCAAAAGAUGACAGCAGCCAACAUCACAGUGGCACCAGAGCAGCCGAAAACAAAGGCAGUGAGCUCACUGAAAAGGAGAAACCCCUUCCACCACCACCAGGACCACCACCCAAAGGCUUCUAUAUAUAUGGAGAUGUUGGCACAGGGAAGACCAUGCUUAUGGAUCUGUUUUACUCCCAUGUGAAGAACAGUCGCAAAAAGCGAGUCCACUUCAACGGCUUCAUGUUGGACAUCCACAAAAGGAUCCAUCGGAGGAAACAAAGCCUGCCAAAACGGAGGUUAGGGAAAAUGUUCACCUAUGACCCCAUAUCACCGGUUGCCAUGGAAAUCAGCAGUGAGACCUGCCUCUUGUGUUUUGACGAGUUUCAGGUGGCGGACAUCGCCGACGCCAUGAUCCUGAAGCAGCUGUUUGAGACGCUGUUUAAAACUGGAGUGGUGGUGGUGGCUACCUCCAACAGACCCCCUGAUGAUCUGUACAAAAACGGACUUCAGAGGAACACCUUCCUACCUUUCAUCGAUGUGCUGAAGGAAUACUGCCACACCGUCUGCUUAGACACAGGGAUUGACUACAGGAAGCUUGGCGAGGCUGCAGCAGGGAAACUUUACUACCUCACAGGGGAGCCUGGUGCAGAGGCCUUCUUGGAUGCACUGUUUGAAGAGCUCUCAUUAAGACAAAAGAGUGUUACAGGUCCCCGGGUGCUCUCAGUGCUGGGCAGAGAUGUGACUCUAGAAAAGACCUGCGGAACCGUGGCUGACUGUACCUUUGAUGAGCUGUGUGGCAGAGCUUUGGGUGCCAGCGAUUACUUGGAGAUGGCGCGGCUCUUCGACACAGUGUUCAUCCGCCGCGUUCCCGUGCUGACGCUGUCGAUGAAGGAUCAGGCCAGACGCUUUACCACCCUCAUAGACAACUUCUAUGACAAAAAGGUGAGGGUGGUGCUGCUGGCAGAUGCUCCUUUGGACCGGCUCUUUGUCCACACUGGAGGAGAUGAUGAGAGGGACCGACAGCUCCUGGAUGACCUGGGCCUCAGCGAGGAGGCAGCAGAGCGGCUUACCCUCUUCACAGCCGAGGAGGAGAUCUUUGCCUUCCAGAGGACAAUCUCUAGACUGAUGGAGAUGCAGACGGAGGCAUACUGGCUGGAGGGAGACCGCAGUCGCAGAAGGAACCACAGUGAAACUUAGCACCUGUUCCUAACUGUCAUGAUAAUUAUCUACCUCCACACAGCACAGAGCCCUAAGCACUAACACUGCAUAGGAGAUGCAUUCAGUUUAACAGAAGAAGAAAAGACCUGUUGGACUGUUUUGGGAAACCAAAAUCAUCUUUUUUUUUUCCUUCUUCUUCUUCUUCUUCAGGGAAAUCAAUAUUUAACAAGCCAAAAUAAAGCAUAGUACCUGUGUGUGUGUGUGUGUGUGUGUAUGUGUGUGUGUGUGUGUGUGUGUGUGUGUGUUGUCCUUUUUUUCUGUCUGGUCGUUUUUUGUGACAUGUGCUAUCUCCCCAUUGAGAACUAUUUGUUUUAAA